AAUUAGUAGCAAAAUAAUAUCAUCAAACCCCACUGACAGUUCUCUCACGCAGAAAAAUAGUUUGCCAAGCGCGAGUCGGGUCGCGGCCUACUACCACCAUCCCAAAAGGAUCCAAUCCGAGUGGGGCCACGGGAAAAUUCGCCAGUCGAUUUUCCAUCCGGUCGAUUCGCGGCAGGAGACUUUGUUGUGUUUUUGUUUCGUGGGUGGUGGUCGCGAGUGAGUGUACUCUGUCGUCGUGUGUCCGUAGAUCGGGGCCGACCGCUGGCCAAAGUGUGGAAGAACUUGGAAAGUUGGUGCUGAAAAGUGCCCCAAAGUUGGCCAAGUUUUUUGUACGGGUACGGAAAAGUGAGUGUGUGCGUGUGUGCAAGGUGGAAAAAACAUCUCAUUUUCCUUUGGUGGUUCAUUUUCCUUCUCGCUCUCGCGAGGACGGUGGAAAAGCGUGUGUUGAACCUGGUGUUGGCAGUGGCGGUGAAGAUUUGAUAGUUUAACUAGGCUUAAAAGGACGGAUUUUCGGAUGGAAAAGUCGAAGAAAGAAAAGUUGGAAGUUUUUUAGUGCUACAUUCAAUCGCGCACUCACACACACACACACGCAAACGGUGCUGGAAAAACAGCAAAGAAAAUUCCUCCACCCGUUUCCCAGUUUGCGUUUUUUCCGCUCGUCGUGAGUGAGUGGCAACAGACGGAAGGGGCUUUUCGAGAGUGUGCGUGUAUUGGUGUGCAGUUGUAAAUACCGCUGAAAUAUUUCACCGCGAGUGUGAGCGUGAGUGUUGAACGACGACGACGACGACGUCAAUAUUAUCCUUGGAAGCUUCGGGAAAUUGUUUUUGUUGUUGGUGUGGAAAACGUCGCCGUGUCGUGGCAAGUUGGAACAAACCACCGAAUCGGAGGUUUGAAUUUUGGAACCAGCCAAGGACCUCGAGGAGUGUGCAAGCAGCAGCGGCGGCAGAGAAUGGUGAAAUCAGCUUUUCACCGUUCGCACUAGGCCUUUUUCCGACGUCGACGUCCGGGCAAUGACGUCACAGGCCGUGUACUGUCUCAGCCUGCAGAUACGUCCCCCAACGGAAGAGGGUUCCAGCCAGCAGGUGGUGGCCACUUCGUCCGGCGGAAAUGUCACGGUCAGCGGCAAUGAGCUUACCAAGAUGGUCACUACGACGACGCAGGCCACGGCCCCGGGAGGUGCCAUCAUCACCGGGCUGGACAGCAAAAGUGUCACCAUCACGGAAGCGGCCUCCCGCCAGCUGCAGUUCCAAACGGCCCAGGCCCAGCAGUCCCAGCAGCAGCAGCAGCCUCAACAGCACAGUAACAUAAUCCUGGUGCGAGGGUCACGGUCCGAGAACGGUCAGAUCAUCCUGCAGAACACUCACGAACUGUUGAGCUUGCUGAGCGACGAGGACAAGCCGAUUCUGCUGCAACACCAGCGGCUGAAGGCCAAGGCCCUGCCGGAAGUUACGACCGCUUCGACGGGUGGCAACACGAUUCUGUUCCAACAGGCCAUCAAGAGUAACGUGGCCGAUGGAACCAUUUUGCUGCAGUCCUCGGAUGGCCUGAAGAAGACGGCCCUGACCGCUCCGGACGGAGGGUCAAUUUUUCUCCAGCAACGUUUGAACAAAAACGGUUCCACCGACGGACCGAUUCUGCUUCGUACGCUUAAACGCAUCGACAAGUCGCAGUCGAUUUUGGUGAUUCGCAACGCUACACACACUGCUACCGCUACGGCUAAUGCUAAUGCUUCCAGUACUUCAACUUCUGCUUCCGUCGUCGCGAGUGCCGCCAUGACCGUUAGCGCGGCCCCUGCGACGGCCACUAUUGUUAAGGCGAAACCACAGGCAACGGUGCUGACCGUGGCCGACGAUGUGGACAUCAAGAAGGAACCGACGGCGACCGUCGCCAAACUCGUCCCGAAGCCGAUCAAUAUGCCGCUGGGAACAGAUGGCGAACCGAUCAAGCUUCCGGAAAAUUUAGAAAGUUUGCCACGGGCUGACCAUUUCCCAACCCAGCGACAUCGGUGGAAUACUAAUGAGGAAAUCGCCGCCAUUCUCAUCAGCUUCGACAAACAUUCCGAGUGGCAGUCCAAGGAGGUGAAAACGAGACCCAAGAGUGGCUCGAUGCUGCUGUACUCGCGGAAGAAGGUCCGCUACCGACGGGACGGCUACUGCUGGAAGAAGCGCAAGGACGGCAAGACGACCCGCGAGGAUCACAUGAAGCUGAAGGUCCAGGGCACUGAGUGCAUCUACGGCUGUUACGUCCACUCGGCGAUCCUGCCGACGUUCCACCGGCGCUGCUACUGGCUGCUCCAGAACCCGGACAUUGUGCUGGUGCACUACCUGAACGUGCCCUACCCGGACGACAACAAAAUGGCCGUCAUCACGCCGAACCUGGCCCUGUGGGGUGACAAGAAGGAGUGGACCAAGGAGGAGCUGGUCAGCCAGCUGAAGCCCAUGUUUUUUCCUGCAGUUUUCAGCGAGGACGAACCGGACGCCACGAACGAGAUCGAGAUCUCCACGGCGGAAACGGUCGAGGCCAUCGUGAGCCAGCUGAUGGAGAAGCAACGGAUGGCGCGGCAGUCGGCGCUCGUCAAGCAGCUCGAGUGUGGCUGCCCGGACGCGAACUGCGUCGACGGGAAGAGCUGCUCGCACCCGAUGAGGCGGAUCAGCGCGGCCAAGAGUGCGAGCACCGAGCUGGGCAAGCGGACGACCGAGGGAGGAGCGGCAGGCCAUCUGGGUGGCGGCGUAGGGACGGCGCCGAACGUGCUGAUCGGAUCGAGGAUGUACCCCCGGUGGAUAGACAACCGCCAGAGAUCCCGAGAGCAACAGCAGCAAGCCCUCCUAGACAGUGCCCGACAGUCCGGCCAGAAGGACACUCCGAUCCACUUCCAAGUCAUUCCUACCUCUCAGCAGCAGCAGCAGCAGCAAAACUCAAGCAGCACGAAUCACUCCAACAAUCUAAAUUCAAUUAGAGCAGCAAUUGCCGGCAAUCAUCACCCUUCCUCGGCGGCCGGAACAACCCCGGCUUCGUCGACCUCCUCCAUCGUGGUCAGCAGCAGUAAUUUAACGCUCACCCAACAUCUCAACUCACUCAACGGCACCGCCAGCAACAACUCACAAUUAACAAGUGUCAGUAGUCACAUUACCAACGGUCAUUUGGCCGCGGCCCAGCAGCAGCAGCACCAACUCCACCACCAUCAGCAGCGGGCUCACAUGAUCAUUGCCGGCAAUAACUCGUCCUCGGUCGCGGCUUCUAAUAAUGGCCGCGAAGCUCACAUUUCAAUGGCGACCGCGAGGACGACCCCCACGUCGUCGUCAUCGUCGUCCUCGGGGAUGGACUCCAGCGUCGUCAAUCAGCGGCAACCGGCGGCGGAUGCUGGCAACACUGCUGGCGGGGGUGGAUUGAUUAGCAACGGCACUAAUGGCAGCAAUAGUGGUGGCCAUCAUAAUCACAUUACGGUUAAUAAUGGUGCGGUCACGAGUGCGUCAAUGGUUAGUGCGAAUGGUGGUGGUGGGGGUGGGGCAGUGACGUCGGGGGCGUCGUCCGGGGGAACACCCUCGCUGGUGCUGAGUCUGUCACAGCUCCAAGGCUCCCCCGGAUCCUUGCUGAUCCUGAACGGCCAACAGCAAUCCUUCGUCUGCCAUCCCUCCCAGCAACAGCAGCAGCAGCAGCAGCAGCAACAGCAACAACUCCACCAGCAACAACUGCUCCAGCAGCGCAAAGCUGCCCUGGAGAAUGCGGCCGCCAAAGCGGACUCCAGCAGCAGCGGCAGCAGCUCCGGCGGAAGUAUCAAGAUGGAAAACUCCCCCUCGGACAGUUGCAGCUCGUCCGGGCUGGUGCCGAAGCAGGAAGUUAUGGACGCCUCGUCGUCGUCGUCGGCCUCGCCGGGAUCGAUGCUGGGUCACCACCAGCACCAGGGUCCGACGUCGAACGGGCUGUUCGGAGGGUUUUUGAAGCACAGCCUGGCUGGGCAACACCAUGACAACAUGCCGUUCUUCAACGAAACGCUGGAUCUGUCCCAGGAGGACAUCCAGAAGACGCUGAGUGCCAACAUGCCGUUGGGCCAUGGCCAGGGUGGAGGAGUUGGCACGGGGACUCAGUCGGGGACGCCGACGGACGAUGUCAUGAACGGGGAGAUUAACCCGAUGGACUUUAUCGAGAACUGUGGGGAUAACCACGACGCCGUUGAUGACGACGUGUUUGUCAACUUGGAUGCGUUCGAUAUGCUGGUGGAGUUCCCGGAGCUUGAGCUGGACGCCAAGAGCAGUUUUCUGAACGAAAGCGAAACGGGUACGGACGCUGGAGGCGAUCUGGACGAUGCAGCGAGUGAUCUGAGUCAUUACAAGUUGUCCGCGGACAGUGGGAUCGUAGCGGACGGAAGUCUGCAUCAUGGAGGCUCGAACGCGUCCACUAUUACGGACUUUAGUCCGGAGUGGGCGUAUCCGGAGGGGGGAAUCAAGGUGCUAGUGACUGGCCCGUGGAGUGCCAGCUCGUCUUAUACAGUAUUAUUCGACUCGUUCCCGGUGCCGACGACGCUGGUCCAGAACGGAGUCCUGCGGUGCUACUGCCCGGCCCACGAGGUGGGCGUGGUCACGUUGCAAGUGGCCUGCGACGGCUAUGUGAUAUCGAACGCGGUCAACUUUGAGUACAAAUCGCCGCCCAAGUUCGAGACCAAGUGCGAGGGCAGCGGGAACGACAUGCUGUACAAGUUCAACCUGCUGAACCGGCUCGAGUCGAUCGACGAGAAGCUGCAGAUCAAGGUGGAGCCGGGCGAGCUGCCCGAAGACUCGACCCUGUUCAAGCAGACCAACUUCGAGGACCGACUGGUGUCGUACUGCGAGUCGCUGACGGCCAAGAUGUGGCGCUCGGUAACGCCGGGCUCGUGGCUGGGAAAGCACCGCGGCAUGACGCUGCUUCAUCUGGCGUCCGCCCUCGGGUACGCCAAGCUGGUCCGGACGAUGCUGACCUGGAAGGCGGAGAACUCCAACGUCAUACUGGAGGCGGAGAUUGACGCCUUGAGUCAGGACCAGGACGGGUUCACGCCGCUGAUGUGGGCCUGUGCCCGAGGUCACAUUGAGGCCGCCGUCGUCCUCUACAAGUGGAACCAGACCGCACUGAACGUGAAAAACAACGCCCAGCAGAGUCCGCUGGAGGUGGCCAAGUGCCGCGGGUUCUCCGGACUCGUUGCCGAGCUGGAAAAGCAUGAAACCAAACGACUCCAAACCAAGAGCAAAUCGCUGGCGUCAACUUCCGCUUCGGCGAUGCCAACGCUGGCAUCGAUUACCUCAUCCUGUACCACUUCCACUUCCACUGCUUCCGCCGUAGCCGCCCCAUCGCGUCCUUCUUCCGCUUCAAGUAUUGCUUCCGCCACUACGCUUGCCGCCGGUUCGCGUCGUAACAGCCGCAGCCGAACGGCUGCGAUCGAGCCGCCAGAAGUGGCCGCCACCGACUCCAGCCCGGAGCAUAGCUUCAUCAGCGAUCUGUUCAGCUACAACGACGCCCUCAACGCCAGCAACAGCGAUAGCUGCAGCAACGACAACUUUGGACUGUCCUCGUCCUUCAACCCGUCACUGUCGCCGUACGGUGACCACAAAAGUGGCGGUUUGUCGACGAGCGGAACGCUGCACUACGCCCUCGAGAACAACAACUCGAACCCGAUGCUGUCGAACGCGCUGUCCCCGAACUCGGACAGCAACCGAAGCCACGACGGUGUGUUUCUGCGACCGGGAGCGGUGUUUUCGAGUGGCCAAAGUCCGCCGGGGGCGCGCCUCUCCAAGCGGUCCUCCAUCGACAGUGGCAUCAACAUGGAGACGCGUUCGUCGCUCAGCAAAGCUGGCAAGUCGCUGCGGGAGUCGCAGCGGCUGAACAGAACCGACCGCAGCAUGUCGCUGCCACUGACCGCCGGUGGUUCCGUUUCCGGUGGCCAAGGGUCGUCACCGUUCGGGGUGUCCGCGGCGAUCGUCGGAUCUGCCACCGCCAAGGGAACCACCUCUUCCAGCGGUGGUGGGGGACCCGGCAGUGAUUCCGACAACUUUUCCCUCUCGUUGAACGACCGUUCGACGGAAUCUCCGUCGCAGAAUUCCAGCAAUCUCAGCAAUACGUCGCUGCUUUCGCCACUGCGCAAGAUGGACUUUGCACUGUGUGAAGUUUCAGCGGCCGGAUCGAGUCCGAUGUGCGAGGACACGGAUUCGCUGCAGGACGACGACCGGCACUCGGUGGUGACCAUUACGGGGCACCACUCGCAUCACGGUCACGUUUACCACCAGGAGAUUGGAGCAGGAGGAGGAGGUGGAGGAGGAGGAGGAGGUGGAGUAGGUGGUGCGGCCGCCGGAGAAGGGACCUCGGGGGGAGGGGAUUCCGACGCCAAGGUGCUCACCCUAGCGGAACAGAUCAUCGCCGCGAUGCCCGAACGGAUAAAGAACGAAUCCGAGGAGAUCAUGUCGCUGGGCAGUCCCAUGCCAGAGUCCCUCAGCGAGGACACGUCCGGAAUGGGGAUGCUAAACGAUUCCUUCAUGGAGCCACUGCUGGACUCGCUGCCGUCGUCCCAGUUUGAGGAGUUUAACUUUGAGUUUAGCGAUCACAACUAUCGGUACCACGACGUUGGAACGCCCUGCUCCAGUCUGAGUCCGGCUUCGUCCGGUCCGUUGCAAUCGCCGGCCAGCUACUCAAUCCCGCAGGAUGCUCCCGUUGGAUCUCCAAGCCCUCCACCAACGACGCAGGACUUUACCGAGUUCCUGCAGUCCACGAACGCAAACCCCUUCGAGAAGGACUUUUCCAACCUCAAACUGACCGAACGUGAGCAGCGCGAGCUGUACGAGGCGGCCAAGUGCAUCCAGAAGGCGUACCGCUCAUACAAGGGCCGCAAGAGCCGCAUGGAGGAGCAGGACAAGGAACGGUCGGCGGCCGUCGUCAUCCAGAACUACUACCGGCGGUACAAACAGUACGCGUACUACCGCCAGAUGACCCAGGCGGCCGUCAUUAUCCAGAACGGGUACCGCUCGUACUGCGAGAACAAACGCUUCAAAAAGUCCCAAGCCGGCGGAGGUCACCAGGCGCUCGCGUCCGGUGUGAGUGGCGCCACGGACGGUUGUCCGGAGGCGGCCGGGUCGACGUCGUGCUACUACAAGAAGCAGCAUUCGCCCCAGCAGCAGCAGCAGCAGCACAUGAACAAUCAGGGUGGUUCGUCGAAGGAACCGAGCCCGUCGGGACCGUUGAAACGAACUUAUUCGCAACGAACUCAGAAUCAAGCCGCAAGGAAAAUUCAACAAUUCAUGAGACAAUCGAAAAAUAAUACAUGGGAUGAACAAAUGACAAACUUGGCUACAGAGAGAACGAGCCGAAAGAGAGAGGCAGGUCCACCAACGCCGGGCGGAGUACCACCCAAGCUCGCCGUUUCACGGAGCAGCAGCGGGUACCAGCGAUCCAAGGUGAACUGAAAGCAGCGGGGGGAGCCGACCAUCGGGCGGAAACGGUAUAAAGUGACCCAAGGGCAGAGCCAGAACUAGAGCCACAAGAGUGAGACUAAGCAAGAGUUUACUUUGUUUUGGGAAAUUUGUUAACAAUUUGUUAUAUCGUUUGCGAAACGCUGCUGGAAAUGUUAGAUUUCAUUGAAAUUUGUUUUUAAAAUGUUAACCAAUUCUUUACGUUAUUAAACAUUACUCAAAGUUUGCGUUCGCCACGUGUGUUUGCUUUGGGUUGAAACAUUUCGCGCGCGCGAGCGCACGAGUGCAAGCUUGGGUGCAAGUUUGAACGCAAGUUGCGUGCAACGUAUCGUUUUGUUGGCGCGCGGUGGCUUUGAUUGAAAAAGAAGAAGAAGUAGAAAAAAACGUGCUAAGGGUAGAGUCAGCAAUUUUGAGAUGGCAAUGACUACUAAUCCAGAUACCUGACUUUUAAAAAAACUUAGUAAACUUGCGAUAAAUAUGCGGACAUUAAAUUAAAGGAAACGGAGGAAAGAGCAAAUUGUGAUUAUUGACUUUUUUUUAGCGAAACUGAAUUGUACUUUGUAUAAUCAUCCACAGGAAGCGGUAACACACGGUUAGAUAGAGUAGUUGUUUCGAAAAAGAGGGGGGAAACGUGGAGAACAAAAGUAACUAAUUUAGCAGAAACGGAAAUAAAAAUCAGAUAUUUUAAAUUGUAGAUGAAAGAGGUAGACAGAAUAUUUAUAGAGAGACAGAUAAUUUUUUAUUCCGAAUAAAACCGGAUUGCAAUCCGCAAAAGUUGAGCAGCAAUUAAGUAUUUUUAUGAAAAUAGUGUGUAUAAAAAUGGAAGAAAAAUCUUUCGCAAAGAAUAACUAUAUGGGAGAGGGCAAAUCUCCGUUGUUUUGUACAGACAAAGGCUUAUCAAGAGAAAAAAAAAAUAAUAAUAAAAAUCUGUUCAAAUUCCUUUCUGAACACCACUGCUAAUCAGUAGUUGUUAGACCCGUUCAUUACAAGGGUGCCAUUUGUAGAUACGGAUCGGGCUAAGCAAGUGUUAGGAUCUUACGGAAUAGUGAGCGAAUUUUGCCGCCGGAAACUCUUUUAAUUUUCUAUUUGAUUGUUGUUUUUGUUGUUCUUGAGAUAGUAUAUAAAGGUAAAUCCUAGUCAUUGUAAGGUUGCAAACUUGAAGCAAGAAAAAAAAUCUAUUUAUCUCUUUACAUAUAAACCGGAAAGACUAUUUCGAACGAAAUAUUGAUGAAUAUCGAAGCGCUGGCGAUUCGUCAGUCGGAACCUAAACUGUUGAGAAAUUAACACCUAAAAACACGCAGUGAUUGCACACGGGGGAAAUUAAACCGUUCUCUGUAGACAAAUUACUUGCAGACGUGCGUCCAUCUUAUGACUUUGAAGACUUGUGAGAGGGAAAAAGAUAAACAAAAAAAUACUAGGACAAAAACGCAUACAAACUGUUCAUCAAUAUUUCUACCAAAGCGAAAGUUUAUUGCAUCCAUUAUCAACUUUAUCAAAAAAAAAAAAUCAAGAAC